UUACUGUACAAGAAAGUCAUGAGAUCAUGCAGACCUUGUCUGGUAUGGUGCAGAACUCUGGGGAUGCCACUGAUCCAACUCUCACAGAAUUGAUGAAGACCAUGUAUGAUGGUGCAGCACCUAGACAACUCAUCACUUUACAAGGCACAGAUACAGCUAACAGUUUCAGUGUAUAUGGACAGGAGGUGGAUAUUAUAUCUAGUAAACAGAUGGCAAAGUCUCAGUCCUUGUCAGGAUCUACAGGCUCUAAUAAGGUGAAGAUAACUCCUGUUGUGAAUUAUGACUGGGAGAAUAGAAGAUAUAUUGGAAACUUAGUGGCUGUACACAGGGGAAAUGGCUUUGUAGCCUAUGUCUUGAAAGGUAAGACAGGAGGCGUGGUAAGAAUCACAAACAGAAGGACAGCCGAUCGUCAUCUAUUAAAGGAUUUCGUUGGACGUGUCAUUGAUCUAGCGUUUGCUCACACUGACGAUAUAUUGCUUGCCGUGGUCGAUGAAAUUGGAAAUCUGUGUGUCUAUGAGCUGAAACAAACUGAGGACAGUAAAAUAACCUCCUCUAUGCUGUUACACAUUCAUCGACCAGAGACAACAUUAGUCAGUGAGUAUCAUCGUGUAAUCUGGUGCCCGUACAUUCCUGAUGAUGCUGAUGAUAGUAGUGCUACAGACUCCAGCACCCAGGACAAUGCCAGCCGUGUGCUUGUACUUACUAAUGACGAAAAGGCAGAGAUUUGGAGUAUUGAUCUGGUAACAAAAGAAUAUGGCUUGGGGCCAUUGUACCCACAAGAUGUUGAAACAGGCCUGAUACAGAUCAAUAGCCAUGUAAAGCCAAUUAUGGAUGCAGCAUUUUCACCCGAUGGUACUGCCCUUGCUACAGCUAGUAUUGAUGGUGAAGUUAAAUUCUUUCAGGUGUACAUGCAUGAACAAACAUCACCAAGGUGCUUACACCAGUGGAAGCCACAUAAUGGCAAGCCAAUGUCAUGUUUGUUCUUCUUAGAUGAUCACAAAAACUGUAGCCCCGACGCUCAGUUUUGGAAGUUUGCUGUGACUGGGGCUAAUAACAACCAGGAGAUCAAAAUCUGGAGCUGUGAGUCAUGGAAUUGUCUUCAAACCAUCAGGUUUCUGUGUCCACCAGGUUUACCAUCCAAUUUUAGUUUGGAGCCAUGUAUGAAAGCUUCAUUAGACCUUAGUGCCAAAUUCUUCAUUCUUUCAGAUAUAAAAAGAAAUGUCCUCUAUGUGCUACAAUUACAUCAAGAUAGUGAACAGAAUACUGCUCAUGUGAGUUCAGUGUCAGAGUUCACUUUAGCCCAGCCUUGUCUUAGCUUUGCCAUAUUAGAUGCGGGAACCAAAAGACUGAAAAAGUCCAAAGGAGAUGACUCGCAUCUCGAUGAAAUAACAACAGGUGAGAUUGACAAAGAAGAGUUAGAUGAUGAAGAUAGAAAAGUUGAAGAGAGUACAUCAAGUAUCUCUGUUCAGAUCAAACUUUAUACCGUCCACCCUAAGGCCCUACAGGAGCUACUUAUCAGAUUCAAACCCGAGUCCUCGGCUCCUCAGCCUCCGCCACCGUCCGUCAGUUCAAUAUCCCAGAGUGAAGGCGGAGUUGUUGAUGGACUGUCAGACAUCAGUAUGAAUGUAGACGGUAGUGGGGAACAUGACAAGAGUGAUUCGUUUUCUGGCGCUGUUCCAGACCAUGCCCAUGGGCAGCCAAUGCUUCUUACACCAGAUGCUUUUACCUCAAGCCCUAGGAAACAGUACCCGGAUGAUAGUUUGCUUGAUACAGUUAGGGGUAGUAUGUCAAGUACAAGCAGUUUCACUCAGGUAUCUGCAAUGAAUGAUGACUUCCUGUCUCCAAGGAGCAGCUCUGGAAGCACUAUCACCCAGACUCCGACCACACCCAAGAUGGAGCCCCAGUCUCCAUCCACAGCCAAAAGUGAAACAACACCUUCAUCUGUUCCCCUCCCACCUGUAACCUCCAGUGAAGAGCAUGAACUGGCUACACCUACCUCCACUGCCAGAGAGCCUGAAGUAAGGGAAGCAACUCCGACACCAGAAGAAACUCAAGAAGUAGAUGACUUCUUUCAGCAGAAGUGUUCCGAGAAAAGAGAUUUACAGAUGGUAUCCCUGGAUAGUACAGAGAGCACUGGUGCAUAUGAGGUAUCUGAAGGAAGAGUGCAUGGCAAGUCACAGAGCUCCUAUGAUGAGAUGGAUGAGGAAGUUGCCGAGGUGAUGGGAGAGGACCAGGACGGGUUCUCUGAAGGACCAGCAGAGGGGACACAACCAUUUGAAGAAAGGGAGGAUACUGGCCAGAUGGGCGAUAGUGCAGAGUCUAGUUUGAGGGCCUGGCCUAAACCACCUGAUGUGGGCGGGACUGGAGAAACUGUUGAUGACACUGAAAAUGUUGAUGAAGAAGAAGAAGAGGAGGAAGAAGAUGAUGAUGAUGAUGUUGUUGUUGAGGAAGAGGAGGAAAAUGUUGUGGAGGGAGACUUUGAAGGGGAGAAGGAGGGUGAGGCUGACAUUGAGAUAGAGGAAGAAAUUGAAGAGGAACAAGAACCGUCAGAGGAAAGUUUGGACAGUAAGAGAGAGCCAAUGGCAGCACCUGUGGCUGGUGCAGGAUAUGCAGCUUCUCCAAGGGAGAACAGACCUGUAGAAGUGAGGGAGAUACACAGGGAGACGAUUAGAGAAGUGUUUGAUCAAACAGAAUUACAGAAGCUACAUUCAAACAUGGCAGCCAUUCUUCAAGCUAUACAGAGUCAACAACAACAAAUGGAAUUGUUGAAACAUAAUAUGACAGAACAACAGGAAAAUUACAUCGAGUUAAGGCGUCGGCAGCUGGAGCAGGAGCAAUUACAUCAGGUAUCUGAAGGAUCUCAACCGAGUAUUGAGGAACAUCUCGGUAAACUCGAGAAUAUUGUAACCUCAAGGGUAGAGAGACUGUUUAACCAGCACUCACAAAGAGAAAAUCAGAGAGUACAGGAUAUUUUACGGCAAGCGGAAACGAGAGAUGAACGCAAGCAAGAAAGAUUACAAAACAUGGUAGCUCAAUCACUUGGUCAGGCAGUGAAUAGUCACAUGGACAAAGUUGUACGCAGCACCAUCAUCCCUAGUAUUACAAAAGUGCUGGAACCAGUUAAAGAUCAGAUACACCAGGAGAUGUCACAGAAACUGACAGCUGCUGAUUCCCUCCUGAGAGAAAAUGUUUCCCACAUCUCCAAAACAUUCAGGUCACGGCAAACAGUAGAAGCAGUGGGUGUAGCUGCAGGGAAUGCAAUCCAGGCACCGAUGCAGGCAGCUUACAGGGAGGCCUUCCAAAACAUUGUGAUACCAUCAUUUGAGAGAACUACACAAAGUAUGUACCAACAAGUGACAGACAGCUUCCAAAGAGGAACGAAAGAAUAUACUAGACAAUUAGAAUCACAUUUGGAAGGAAUAAGACAGAAACAUCUAGAAACUCGGGACCCCAUUGUAGCCGAAUUACGGAAACUUACAGAUUCCUUCCAGACAUCUGCGGAACAAAUGAAAUCUCAUGUGUUAGCCACAAUACAGUCACAACUUAACAACGAAGUGCAUAAAUCUUUAUCAAGGUUACAAGACGAGAUGUCACAGUAUGUGAGAGAAGCUGUGCGAGAGGAGGUGGCUGUUGCCAUGAGGGAACAGGGUAGCACCAUCAGUGAUAGCGUUCUUAGUGCCAUGAGGUCAGGGGCCGUAACCCCUAUGAGAGCGACCCCUGACCCCCAGGUAGAGAAAACACACAUAAUGAAUCUCCUACGACAAGGACAGUUGAAUGCAGCAUUUCAGCAGGCACUGUCAGCAGCUAAUCUAGAACUUGUGAUGAGUUUAUGUGAGGCAGUGAACCCAUCCCAAGUGUUCAAUCAACAGCCAUGUCCCCUUCAUCAGCCUGUCUUGCUCUCCCUCAUACAGCAACUGUCAGCUGACCUAGAGAACCACACAGAUCUGAAGCACAAGUAUUUGGAGGAAGCUGUGAUGAACCUUGACCCCCAUGACUCUGUCACUCAGGAACACAUGAAAGGAGUGCUUUAUGCUCUCAACCAAAAAUUAAGAAUUUUUAUGCCUGCUCAUCCUAAUGACAAGGUGACAAGGUCACUGAAAAUGUUACUCAUGGCUUCAGAGUCGUUAAUAAAGUAGAAAUGGUGCUUGAUUGUGACUGUAAAAGUGUGAAUAAAAGGAUGUACAGUAAAAAUGUUCUGUGUGUUGUCCAGGAGCAGCAUUUAUUGGACAAAGUACAGUUUUGGUUGAAAAAAAAUCGGCAGUAUGUGGAGUAUUAAAAUGAACAAUGUUAGAAAACAACUGGAUUUAUUAUUCAUCUUUUGGUUAUACAUAAGUUUUGAAAGAUCAAGAAAUUGUAUCAUAGCCCUUUUUCCAAUGAAUAAAUGAAAGCAAAAAAAAAUCAACAUUUUGUUAGAUAAUCUACUAUAUACAUCUGUUUAAUGUUUAAAUUCUUUUAUCAGAAAGAUCGGCGAAUUGGUCAAUGUUCAAUUUCAUCUAUUUUAUCCUCUGUUUUAUGGACAGUGAUAGGAAAUAACGAAAUUAUACAAAUUGUUUCCAUUUGCCUUUACUAUUCUUGUAAGACUUACAUACAAAGUUUACUGGAUAACAGUAACAAAAAACACUUUCUAAUUAUCUAGUCUUACAGAGAUUAAUAAUACUUGAAAUAAGCUGAACUACUGCUAUUUAGGUUUUAUAUGCUUUAGUGUUUUGACUUGAGCAGUAACCACUUCAUCAUAUGUUACAAACAUUUCUCAGUGUCAGGAAUCUGUUAAUGCUUAACAAACAAUAGAAGCAUAUUUCUUGAUAUACCUUGAUGCAUAACUUUAUAAUGUGCUUGAUGUAGACUUUGAAAUCAUUAUCCAGUGAACAUGAUAUUGUAAACAUGUACUUCUAUACUUACUGAGCCAAAGGCUGUUUUUCACAACCAUUUAUAUUACUAUAUUUAUCUAUCUGACAAACAGAUGAUAUCUGCUUAUUUUAUUUACUUUUUCUGGUAUAUUUUUCAACACUUUUGACCAUUAUUUGUUCACUUGAAGUUUAUGGUCGGCUUAGUUUUUCUUUAAUCACAGAUAGUGUUUAAAUCGCAUUACUUCUAUAUUUUGAGGUCUUACAGAAGAGAUUACUAAACUGUCUGCUAUUCAUACAAUAUACAUUCUCUUUUUGACCAAAUAGCCUUAUUUACUGUAACCCAUGCUAUUAGCUUAAUAGGUAGAGCAGAAUACUCCAUCACAGUCGAAGAUUCAAAUGCAGGAUGAAACAAGUGUCCUUGAUUGAAACAGAAGGUUAAAGGUCAUAAUCCAUCCAGAUCAUAGAUUAAAAUCCGGGAUAAAACAAGUGUCCUUGAUUGACACAGAAGGCCAAAGGUCAUGCUCCAUCCAGGUCAUAGAUUCAAAUCCAGGGUGAAACAAGUGUCCUUGACUGGAAGAGAAGGUUAGAUAGGCCAUAGAUUCAAAUCUAGGAUGUAAGUGUCCUUGAUUGAAACAGAAGGCCAAAGGUCAUGCUCCAUCCAGGUCGUAGAUUCAAAUCCAUGGUGAAACAAGUGUUCUGCUUGAUUGAAACAGGUCAAAGGUCAUAUGCCAUCGAGGACUGACUGAGUUCUUUUAGUGUGACUUUUCUUAUUGGACUUUUAUCCUACUGUUUCAUGCAGUAAUUGAAAAAAAAACUUGGGAUAUCAAGUAACUCUGUAUUGCUCUCUUACCAGCAGGUCACAAGUCCUGUUUUUAUCAAAGAAAACCUCUCUACAAAGAAAACAAUCAAUAAAAAAGACAAAAUAAUACUUCAGAAAAACAUAGAGAUAGGCUUUAUUUUAAAUACUCACAAGGUUGUUUGUUUAAUUUUUAUAGUUUUGAGUCUUGAUUGAAAUUGGUGGAAUAAGGAAAUUUUAGGUAACUUCUUCUUUCAUCCACUAUACAAUUAUAGUUUAAUUUUCAGUUAUAUGUAUAUCUGUCAGUUGUGUACACAGUACCAAAGGUAUUAUGUGUUUUGUUAGUUUUGUACAUUUUGUUUUUACUGAUGAUAGUGAAUAGCAGAAGGCUAGAAUAAAUAAUGAAACUUU